ACGCGAUAUCACCGGCUGUGUCUUUUUUUUUUUAAUUAGCUCCACACUAUUUUGCUCACUUCGUACAACAUUAGUAAGAAUAAUAACGGUGACAAUGACAACAAUGACGAUAAUAAUAAUACUGAUGAUGACGACGACGACAUUGACGGACACUGGCGUCAUCGUCGCCAACUAACGUUGACACUGAUAGCUAGGAAGGUCUGAUAAAGCCGCUAAACACAAUAAUAUUGCGGAAUGUGCUUGACUUCACGCCGUUUGACUUCUACAUUCGGUCAUCGAGAUCAUCGAUUCUUGCUGACUGACAAUCAGCAAAAUGAUUGAGCGGCGUGUCAAACGUCAUCGCAUCGUACGAGUCUGUGAUCAUUCCCGUGAUUCGCAUUUUGAGGUUAAACACGCCGUUCGCUCCCGGUGUGCAAGUAUGGCUUCGUUACGCUACACGUGGAUCCUCAUAUUUUUAGUUUUAAAGUGUGUUCAGGCAGACUUGAAAGUGUCUACGCAGGAUUUAAAAAUCCAGAUCAAUCACCCAGGAUCAUUUAACUUAUCUUUAACGAAACCUUUACCCAUUAGUGGAAGCGUGACAGUAACGAUAGUUGCGCAGCAUCCUGAUUUGAUAUCCACCAGUCCAUCUAGUUUUAAUAUUACAACGAAUCAGACGGAAUGUAUACAAGUAAAAGGCCUGAAUGCAGGCCACUCGAUUCUCAGUGCUAAUAUAACACCUAGUAAUAUUACAGAUGUCUCUCAAGCAUUUGUUAGAGUGACUAUAGAGAAAUCGGAGACACUGUAUCAUAUCAGUGCUGUGGUUGGCUGGGUAUACUUUUUGGCAUGGAGUAUAAGCUUUUAUCCACAAAUCUACAGUAAUUACAAACGUAAAAGUGUUGUGGGUCUCAACUUCGACUACCUAUCGUUAAAUCUCGUCGGUUUUCUUAUGUACGCGUUAUUCAAUUGUGGCCUCUACUGGAUACCUGAGAUUGAGCUUGAGUAUUUCAAUCGAUAUCCAAAAGGCUUGAAUCCUGUCCAAGUUAAUGAUAUAUUUUUCUCUCUACACGCAUUAUUUGCUACUACAGUAACGGUCACGCAAUGUUUUAUUUAUGAGAUUGGCAAUCAGAGAGUAUCAACGACCGCGCGUAUUAUCCAUGGAAUAUUUUCGUCAUUUAUAUUAAUAUCUUUGAUAUUAUCCUUCGUCAAGAUAAUACAAUGGCUAGAUUUCCUCUAUUACUGCAGCUACGUUAAGCUCAGCAUUACGCUUAUCAAAUAUGUGCCACAGGCGUUUUACAAUUAUAGGAGAAAAUCUACUGUUGGCUGGAGCAUUGGAAAUAUAUUCUUAGAUUUUACCGGCGGUAUCUUAUCGAUGCUGCAAAUGAUACUCAACGCUUACAACUACGACGAUUGGGAAAGUAUUUUUGGAGAUCCAACUAAAUUCGGUCUUGGAUUCUUUUCUGUGGCAUUCGAUAUAUUUUUCAUAAUACAACACUAUGUCCUGUAUAGAUAUGUCGAUGAGAAGAUGAUUGACCUGAAGGGCAGAGUAUAGCGACUUCGCCAACGAUUUAAUUUCCCUCCCUUAAAAUCCUCCUAUAAAUAGCACGUGUUUUACACGUCUAUUUUUAUAUUACCUGGCAUACUUCGCAUGACUAUUUUAUCACUCAUCAAUAUCCUGCAUAAUUAAAAGAUAUCAUCGGACAAUAUGUAUACGGUAAAAUAUAAAACGCGUACAAUAGGUGUGUGCAAGCACAUGUGAUAUAUCUUGAAAGAUAGUUCGAUUUUUUGUAUAUAUAUUUCUUUUUUUAAUGUCAAUAUUUAUAUUAAAUAUUCUACGGAUUAUGCUUUUAUGCGGACCAGAGAUAUUUAUAUAUCAUAUAAUUUAUAGUAUUAUGGAGAGGACAGAAAUCAUAAGAAAGCUAUAUUUAUUUAUCAAAACUAAUUGAACUUCAUAAC